GGGGCCGCACCGCACCAGUGUGUUGGUCGGCGAGCCGCUGGCCGAACGCCGCGCCGCGCUCCGAUCCGAUCCGCCGCCGUCCAAUUCUCAGCGCCCCGCGAAGCGUGUCGCGGCGUGGUGCGGCCUGGCGUCAUCGCGGCGCUCCCGACAGUCCGCGCGGCCGACGCGUCCGCCGAGGUGGCCGAUGUGGUAGCCGCGCCCGCCCAGCCCAGAGGGCCCAGCACAUAGCAUGGCAGAGCCCAGCAUGGCGGAGGAGGAGCUGGUCGUCAAGAAGGUGGCGGGGCCCCAGCUCCAAGACGGGCCCGAGUUCCGCGAGGCCGUGGCUCGAGCACAGACCGCCGAGGACGACCUGGAGGUGAUUCACAAUGGCACCCAGAUGUGGAAAGUGCGCUCCUUCUCCAAGUGGUACCACCGCAAGUACUUUGUGGACAGCUCCGACGGCAUGCUCAAGUACGAGCCCACCCACAAGAACCAGUGUUUCAAUGAGCCCAGAUUCAUUGAGGUGAGCGAGAUACUAGAUGUGCGCCGAGGCUGGAAGACGGACACCUUCAACAAGUUCGGCAACAAGGUGGUGGGCGAGCAGCGGCGGCUGAAGAGCAAGGUCAUGAAGCGGCUCGGCUCUGACGGGGAGGCGGAGGAGCCCGGCAAGCCGCUCGUGGACGAGGCGUGCUGCUUCUCGGUCGUGUAUGGCGACAGCCGCGGCAGCCUGGACCUGGUGGCGAGCUCCCCGCAGAUGGCGGCAGUGUGGGUCCGCGCCCUGCGCCACGUCGUGACGGUGAUGCGUGGCCUGAAUCAGGAGAAGAGGUUCAACAUGUGGCUGAAGAACCAGUUCGUGGCCGCCGACCAGGACAACAGCGGGUCGCUGGCUUUCGACGAGUGCCUCCGGCUGCUGCUCCGGCUCAACGUCAAGAUGAGCAAGAAGGAGGCGCUCUGCAUCUUCAACCUAGCCGACACAAACAAGUCCCAGGGUCCCAAUGAGGAACCGUCGCUGGACGCUAAGGAGUUCGUCCAGUUCUAUCAGCUGCUUAUGAGAAGACCGGAGGUGGAGGACAUUUACCACAGGUACGCCCGCAGCGCGCGGGAGAUGACGGCCCACGAGCUGCAGCACUUCCUGAAGAAGGAGCAGAACAUGUCGGAGGCGACGCUGGACGAGUGUCGCUGUCUCAUCGACGCCUUCGAGCAGUCGGAGCUGAAAGCGAGCGGCCGCAUCUCGGUGCACGGCUUCACGCACAUGCUCCGCUCCGAACAGUUCCAAGUGAGGAAGGUGGCCCACAAGACCGUGUACCAGGACAUGACUCAGCCCCUCAGCAGCUACUACAUCGCCAGCAGCCACAACACGUACCUGCUGGGACGGCAGGUGGUCGCGGACAGCACGAUCGAAGGCUACGUCGAAGCUCUCCGAAGGGGAUGCAGGUGUCUGGAACUGGACUGCUGGGACGGCCCGGACGGCGAGCCCGUCGUGACGCACGGCUAUGCGCUCACCUCCAAGCUCAUCUUCCGCGAGGUGCUCAAGGACGCUAUCCUCCCAAACGCUUUUGUCUGCUCCGAGUACCCCGUGAUCCUGUCCCUUGAGAACCACUGCACGCCCGAACAGCAGAAAAGGCUGGCCUUUCACAUCAGCGACGUGUUCGGCGAUCUCCUGUACCUGGAGGACGUCCCCGAGGACCUGGAGGCGCUGCCCUCCCCGGAGGAGCUCAAGCACCGCAUCCUCAUCAAGGGGCGCAAGGCGGCGCCGGUGCAGACGCCCGAGAGCGAGUCGGACGACGACGACGAGAUGGACUCGCUGUCGCCACCCAACGGCCGCAGCAACGGCAAGAAGUCCUCUGAGUCGAGCAGCGAGAGCGAGCCGUCCAGGCCGCCCUCGCCGGCCGCGCAGGACGCCGGCCCGGCCGCGCACAAACCCGCCGUCCGCAAGGUGAGCGCGGCGCGUAGGAAGCCGUCCACCGCGGCGCAGCUGGAGAAGGUCACGGACCAGAAACUCAGCGACCUGGUGAACGUGUGCCAGGGAACACACUUCCACGGCUUCAAGGAGCCCGGCAAGUGCUACGAGAUGGUGUCGCUGUCGGAGAGCAAGGCCGCCAAGCUGAUCGAGAAGAGCGCCGAGGCCUUCGUGGAGUUCAACACCCGGCGGCUCAGCAAGGUCUACCCGGCGGGCACGCGGACCGGCUCCACCAACUUCCAACCCUGGCCGUACUGGAACGCGGGCUGCCAGAUCGCGGCGCUGAACUACCAAGGCCAUGGAAAGCCCGUAUUCAUCAACGAGGCCAAGUUCGGUGACAAUGGCGGCUGCGGUUUCGUACUCAAGCCCGACUACCUGAGGCUGCCCGACUGCGCCAAGUUCAGCUACACCCCGACAGCCAACUGCAUCAACCAGCUCCACGCCUUGAAAGACAGGAGGCGGCUGUUGGAGAUCAGGGUCAUCAGCGGCCAGCACCUGCCUAAGCCCGAGGGCGAGGGCCUGACCGACAUCCUGGACCCGUACGUGAAGGUGAAGAUCAUCGGCCACCCGAUGGACAAGAGGAAGCGACAGACGCACGUCAUCAACGACAACGGCUUCAACCCUCGGUGGGACUGCACAUUCCAGUUCGUCAUCAACCUUCCGGAGCUCGCCUUUGUGUACUUCAUUGUGAAGGACGAGACACCUCGGCGCCACGACCCCGUCGUCGGGGCCUACGCCCUGCCGGUCCUAUCCAUGGCCCCGGGGUACUCGCAUGUGCCGCUCGUGGACAUGAAGCGACGGGCGCUGGAGCCGGCCACGCUCUUCAUCCACACCAAGGUGACCGAGGUGUCCUACUGAUGGGUCGCAGGUCGCGCCCACCCCCUGUCUGUGAUGUUGAUACCGCCCGAGCCAGAGCGCCGCAGAGCGUUGCGGCGACACUACUCGACGUGUCAAGAUGUCGUCGUUGUUUUUGAAGCUGAUACCUUUACAUACCAACAAUGGAAAAUCUGAAAAUGCUGAGUUCGCAUCUUCGUGCCUAUUUGAUUUGAAGAGUUGCUGAGCUAUACUGUGUUGACGCUGUUACAUUGCCUAUUCUUUGCUGAUCAUUCUUAAUAAUCAAUGUCAAGGGUGCUACGUUGAAACAAUUGAAACCGAACCGGUGUGUGAAGAACGAGUGCCACAAACAAGUGACUGUAAGUAGUUUUAAAAGAAUUGUUAUUGUUUUUUAAUUGAAUAAAAUUUUAGCUUUUUAAAAGAGAAACCUUA